GCCAGUCGACGCAGGUGAAGAAAAGAAGGCAGCUGACGCAGGUGAAAUGAAGGCAGCCGAAAAGAAGCCAAUCGACACAGGUGAAAAGAAGCCAAUCGACGCAGGUGAAAAGAAGCCAAUCGACGCAGGUGAAAAGAAGCCCAUCGACGCAGGUGAUAAGAAGGCAGUCGACGCAGGUAAAAAGAAGCCCAUCGACGCAGGUGAAAAGAAGGCAGUCGACGCAGGUGAUAAGAAGGCAGUCGACGCAAGUGAAAAGAAGGCAGUCGACGCAGGUGAAAAGAAGGCAGUCGACGCAGGUGAUAAGAAGGCAGUCGACGCAGGUGAAAAGAAGGCAGUCGACGCAGAUGGAUAUAUCACAAAAAGACCAAAUCUGCCACUUUCAUCAGUCAAAACAAAUUUUCUGCAUGCCAUUGACAACUUUGACAGGCCACCAGAUGUCUAUACAGAACACAAGUAUACUCGAUGUGGAACAUAUGCAAACUGUCCUGAAAACAAACCAGGAAAGAGAAUCCCUAAAGUUGGAGUUUACGCAGAAGCAGGAGUGGGUCGAGUUCAUGCAGAAGUCAGUGUGUUAGAAGCAGAAGCUAAAGGUCCAAAUGACUCGGCCGGUGUUGAAGCAAGUGCGGUUGGAGUCGGAGCGAUGGCUCGAGCUGAAGUUGGCAGCGUAGCAGUUAGAGCCGGUCCAGUUGGUCUGAAGGUGGGACUUGGAUUGGAUACGGGUGUAUCUGCUGGCGCAGCUGGAUUAGAAUUAAAAAUCCUAGGAACUGGAGCUACAUUUGGUCCUAAUCCCAGUGUUGCGAUUUUGGGUUCAGAACUCUCAUGUUCAAUUAUGUAGUCACACAGAUGCCUGUAUUCAAAACACUGCAACAUAAAAGCAGUAUCAGUGUCUCAUGAUAAACAAAUGUUUCAUACAGUACGUGCAUUUCACAGAUCUGUAGUUAGUAGAAUGAUUAAACAUUAUGAUGCUGCUACUGAUGAUCUUUAAUCAGUUAUCAGUUCCUUAUUAGUUAUCAGCAGUGACUACAGUGCUAAUGCAGCACUAACCAUUACUCCUGCAUAACUAAGUAUGAAACAGUAUUAUAAAGUGCUUCAUACUUUAUAUUAUUAUUUGUCCAAUAUAUGUGUUCCUUAAAAUUCAUGAUUGGAUGAUUCAUAUAUAAAAGUUAAAAACAAAGAGAAAUAAUAUAUAAAUUAAUAGAUGUAUAGGAACAUGUGAUCCUACCACACAAUGCGGUAUAUGUAUAUAUUUAAAACACCAACCACAGCUACAACAAAAAAACAAUAAAAAUAGACCCAUAUUGCGUAUGAAACCUUUAUUUCAAUUGCAAAUUUACAAGUUGUCACUACACUUCAUGAUAAAUGCUGUUAUCUGCUGCAUUUACUUUGAUGUCUCCUAACAUUUCACUGACUGUCUGACACAAAUACAUCUAAGCAAAACAUUUCAACAAAAACAUCUCCAGAUAAUUCUACAAUGUGUUUGUUUGAUAUACAGUAUAUUAUUUAUAAAAUCAGACUGGUAAAAGCUCACAUUGUAUUUCUAAAUAUAUCUAGAAUAUAUAUAUUAUAUACAAUUGUCUACAUCUAACUUUGACCUGCUAAAUGCUUAAAAGUAAAUUAUAUUGAAAUGUCUGCAUGAAUCCUGAUAUCAAUAUACUUGAAAACCAAUACUUCUAAACAUCCAUGUCAGCUAAUGCAAGCGUAUUAAUUUCCUAACUGCUGUUUCUGACACUGUUGUUGUUAAAUGUUAUUCAUUGUGUUCUAAAAUGCUCAUUAAAGUAUUUAUCCUGCAUCAGAUCUGCUUACCUCCACUACACAAAUUCCACUUAAGAAAAUGUUCACAAUAGCACAUACAUAUAUUGAGUAACGGUGAGUAUU